AUUCAUCACAACCAGCAGUCACAGCGUUUCGGGAAGGACCCGGGAUACCAACCAAUCGAGAAAGAGUUCCAACCGUUGCUCUCGUCCCUCGAGCUUUUGUACCCGGCACUGGAGAAUCUCGACCUCUCGCACAACGACCUUCGCGAACUCUUCAACCGAAACAUCGGGCACCAGACUCACCUCAAGUCCAUCAAACUGAGCUUCAACCCUGAACUGGAGAGAAUUCCAUACGAGUUUUCUUGGUUCAAAAAGAGCAAGGAUUUCACCGAGCUAGAAAUGCUGAACCUACCGAAACUGUACGAACCACCAGCAGAGUACCAGACAGCCGAGUUGCAGCAUGUCCUCACUUACAUGAGGUCCUGUCUGAAAGACUCUGUACCACAUCGCACGAUAAAGCUCUUUCUCAUUGGUAAUGGUGAGCGAGGUAAGACGACCCUCCUGCGACGUCUUCGAGGCCUUCCGGAGGAGAAAUCUAUCAACAGAACUGAGGGUAUCGACAUUGAAGACUGGCACUAUGCGCCAAAGAUCAAGUUCACGUCUCAAAAGCCUCAGGUCCAUUUCCUGGCAUGGGACUUUGCUGGACAGGAUGUGUACCACACAACCCACCAGUGUUUCUACUCUCGCCGCUCCCUCUACCUCGCCCUAUUCAGACUCACUGACGGGCAGGAGGGCAUUAGGGAGCUGGACCCUUGGCUCAGGAAUGUCAAGUUGAGAGCCCCAGGGUCAGUAGUAAUGGUGGUGGGAACCCACUUGGACAUGAUGAAAGACCAUCAGGAGAUCAAGAGACUGGAGCAGUGUGCGAUGGCCGAAUACAGCAACUCCCGAGAGCAUCCUAAAGUGAGCAGCAUCCUUGCAAAGCAGACAUUUCUCUCUCGAAACAACAACAUCGACAAGCUGCGUAUGAAGCUUUAUGACAUUGCCUGCCACCUCCAGGUUGCCUCAGACGGAGUCACUCUGGAGUACAAGGAGGGGUGCCGGGAGAUGCUCCAAAGUGCCUGUUCCAGAUCCAAAUCCCGAGAACGUUCCUCAGUCUCCAGGACAAGGACAAAUUUCAAAGACCUGUUUGAUGACGAAGAGGAAAUGAAUGAGGCAGUUUUCUACCUGAACCUACAAGGUACUCUUCUCCACUUCGAGGACCUCGGACUGAAGGAGACGUAUUUCCUGGAUCCUCAGUGGCUGGCAAAGCUCAUGGCCUCCAUCAUACACCCUGCCGCUGAGGAAGGGAAAUCCCCUAUCAAGAAAGGUAUGGGGGAGGUAUGCAACCUGUUCCAAGGCUCACCGGACAGACUUCGCAGGAAAUACAUCAGACUUCUGGAGAAAUUCGAGGUGGCGCUGCAGCUCACUGAGACACAGGUAAUAAUCCCGUCCCUGAUGCCGACAGAGGCAAAUUACCCCAAACCCAAUGACUGCCUGAGAGACAUUGAUAUGGACGUGGACAGUUUCUACCAGCCGCCCAUGAGAAGGUUCUGGUUGGCUGCCUACAUCCCCGAGGGGUUCUGGCCUCGCCUCAUCUGCAGGAUCGCCACCGAUCACCAGAUUGGGAAGACGCUGCGGAAUCUGAUCAAACGUGAUCCAAAGAUGUCCUCGCCCCAAGACUCUACCCCCUACUACAAGUUGAACUGGAUCCCCUGGCGAAGUGGGAUUGCCUUCGUUGACCACGGCCGGACCCUCCUGGUCAUUAGGGGGACAAUGAACGAGGGGCAUCCCCCAUCUACUGAGGACGGUGUCACCCCUUUUUCUCAAGUGAGGCAUCUGAAGGGGAGCCAUCGUAUCGAGGUCCACGUGUAUGCUCCGGACUUGAUUACACUGGUUGCAGAGUGUUCUGAGGAGGAGACUGAAGAUCAGGAGACCGGAAUCGAGCCAGACUCUCUCACCACCAUGGCAACCCAGCUGCUCAUCAUGAUCUCCAAACACGUCCAAACCCUCGCUUCUGAUUGGUUCUCAGACAUGUUGAAAAGUGAGGAGAACCAUCUGCCACCGCUUGUCUAUCUCCCCUGCUGGAAGUGUUACGGACACAAGCCAUUCCCAGAGGAAGACACCAAGUGGGACGACGGAAGCUGGAUCUUCCACGAUGGAAAGCCUGUGCACUGUUUCACACUGAACCAGAGCAUCGUGCCUGCUGUGCUGGGGGACGGCUUGAAGUGUCCUCUACAUGGGAAGAUCAGGAUAGAGCACACUGCACCUGACCUGGUAUUCUGUGACCUCAAAAACACCAGUACCUAUUACCAAGACAACGAUGUCCCUCUCAAGAUACACAGUGAUCGGGUCCUCGGGAAAGGUGGCUAUGGCUUCGUUUGCGAGGGAGACCUCUCCUUUGGUCCUCAGAACAAAAAGAAGGUGGCAGUGAAGGUGUUUCUGGCGGACCCAAACAUUGAAAACUCAUCUAUCAAUGAACUACUGGAGAAAUCCAAGCAAGCCGGACACUUGCUUCAUGCAUACAAGGAGAUAAGACAGGAGGUGGCGUUUCUCUCGGCUCUGGACCAUCCUCACCUCACCCAGCUGUGUGGGGUCCGCACACGACCCAACAUGUGUCUCCUGCUUGAGCUGGCUCCCCUGGGCAGCCUUCGACAGCAGCUGAAAGACUACCACCAUCACAACCUGGUCCUAGAGCCACUCACUCUCAAAUUGACCACCUUGCAGAUUGCCAAUGGACUGGAGUUUCUCCACCAACACCAGAUAGUUCACCUGGACAUGAAGUCACCCAACGUUCUCGUGUGGUACUUCCCCUCGCCCGACUACAGCCAGAAGGACAGAGUCAACUACGCCGGGAACGUGUGGCUCAAGUUGGCCGACUACGGCAUCAGUCAGGUCUCCACGGGGUUCGUCAUGAGGGUUCGUAGUAAUCCCGUGGGAACCCCUGGAUAUAUGGCUCCCGAGCUCUUCGAGCAGCUGGGCCAACAAGUAUCCUCCGAGAAGGUUGAUGUGUUUGGAUUUGGGAUGACAAUCUACGAGCUCCUCUCCCUCAGCCCCCCAUUCAGCGACGUCUACCCUCCGUUCAAGAGAAACACCGAGAUACGCGACCGCCACCGUCCGCUGCUGAAGGGCAGACAGACCCGAUCGCUGGUCCUUCUCCAAGAGCUAAUGCGACUCUGUUGGGAACACGACCCGGACUACCGACCACGCAUGUCUCAGAUCAGACAAUGGGUGGCGGCGGAAGAAUUCGAGAGACUUAGAGCCGACGUAGCACUGAGCGACGUUCACUCCAUAUCAUGUGCCUGCAUCUGUCGAAUAACCCCCGAAAACGAGGAGGAAUUUAUGAGCGAUGGCUUCGAAAACCAGGAUAUCGGGAGAGUCGACGACUAUCUCCCGUCCGUUUUGGAAGACAACGGAAACGUUGAGAACACAGUAAACACACAGGAGUACUGUAGGGACGAGAGUACUAUCUACCAGUUUGUACCGUCCGGUAGAAAGUCCAACUCCCCCGGGUUCGUCCUGGACCACGCCUACUCCCAGAUAUGGAUGUGUGGCAGAGACAUGAAGAAAGGACUGCUCCAUAUAUUCACCUACUACGACGGGCAACCAGGCCUUCAUUCGUUCAGUGGCUACUGUAGCAAGGAAGAGGUGUCAGCCCUAUGCCCUGUGAAGAACAUGAUGUGGAUGGGCACCACCACUGGAACCAUCAAAAUAUUCCACGCACCCACUCUCCAGGCAAAAUUCACGGGGAAACUAAAAAUCGGUGCGAGUCGCCCGUCCUGCAUCCUCAACAUCCUCCACAUUCCGUCAAUGGCGUGCGUUCUCGUCUCCACGGCAAACGGCGAUAUCUGGUCUUUUAAAGAUAGACUCACACCCAAGGGGCUAGUGAAGCAGUGCAGGCUCACACUAACAGAUAACUACCAGUGUUACCAUCUGGUGGCUGUUGAGAGAGAGGGCACGGUGGAAGUAUGGGGAACUAUGGACAACAGCCAGCUAUGUCUACUGGAGAGGGACGGAGCGCUCGUGUGGAAGUCACAGGAGAUCAAAGUGAACACUGGCGAUCCAAAGCUUCGUCUCUGCUCACAUAUUGCUCUGGCUAGCUUUGUCAACAAGCGGGGGGUGGCGCAGAACCAUCUGUGGAUAUCGUAUCGCUCACGGGGAGUGCUGGUGGCCUGGGACGCCAGCUCGAGACAGCAGCUAGCAGUCGUCAACUGCAACAACUCCUUCCCACAACUGAAAGCAAAUAAGGACAACACAUUUCAAGUGAGCACGCUAGCAGCACACGGAAAGAAAGUGUUCUUUGGCACAGACUGUGGCUCGGUCGGUAUCAUAGACUCAGACACUCACCAACUCCUUCGAUCUCUCCACUGGAUCGGCGAUCCACAGUUGAAGCAGAGAGCCGAAGCGCUCGCGACGCUGCUGUCCUCGGACCAACACCCCCAGUCCAUCUCCGAUAAAGUGACGGCAGCUCUGCAGCAGUUACCGCAGACCCAGCUAGAGGCCGUCAUAAACUACAGGAACACACGGCAGAACGGACGCACGGCUGUACAUCUGGCCGCCUGCGAGGGCCUCUGGCAGAGCCUGGAGGUGCUUCUGAAGAAUGGAGGUGAACCAAAUGCUCAAUCGUCCAAUAGAGAUCUUAGACAGACUCCACUCCACUUGGCCGCUCGGGAAGGCAACGGAAAAUGCAUCGAAGUUCUUCUCGAGAAUGGUGCCGACUACAUGCUGGAGAACGACAGGAAGGAAACUGCCCUAAAACUGGCGACAGACAAGUCGUGUCACGAUCAACUCGAGAGCACAAUCGCCAGACUGGAAGUCCCACAGCGAUCCAGGAUUGAAGAGGACAUAGUUGAAAGGCUCCACGGCUUUAUUGAGAAUGGGAAAGAGCACCAGUUUUUCCAGCUCUACACGAACCAGCCACGAGAGAAGGUGGACCUGGGAUCGCGAUGGAACGACAAGUGCCUCAAACCUGCCGGAGGAAGAAUUACCGACGACAGUGGAACGGUUUGGUACGACUCUCCUCCUGAACCCAGCAAAACUGAGACCUUGCUUUACAGAGGGUGCAUGAGUGAUGCGGAAGCGAUUGUACAGUUCAUGCUAUCGAAAUCACCCAAUCAACCUCUGCCGAAUCUCAAGACAGGCGAAACUCCACUCCACGCGGCGGCACAAAACGCCAACAUGGCGUUGGUCGCAAAACUCCUGGAACAUUCUCCAAAACUUGUCCUCAGUCAGACUUCGAUGGGGAUAUCGCCCUUAUAUCUUGCCUGUCGCAAUGGGCACGUUGGGAUAGUAGGGCUGAUCCUGGAGCAAAUACUGAAGAUUGUCAGGGGAAUGAGGCAUGUUUACAACGACGAUAACCCCUUCUCGCUCGAUCUCUGCGAUUCAGAGGACGUGACUCCACUCUACCUGGCGUGCCUGAACGGGUUUCCCGAGGUAGUCAGGAAGUUGCUCGCGUUUAAGGCCGCCCACAGUAACUUCUUCAGUCUGACAGUCCAUGCUGUCACCAAGAGAGGCCACACGACGCUACACGCGGCAGCUUCCAGUGGAAACAGCGAAAUUGUGGACCAACUCCUAGGCUCCGGAGAAGUCGACCAGGAGAAGUUUUCCCCUCCCCUGACGAGCUCUGUCGACACUCUCUGGACGGCAAUCGGUGGGAGCCAGUUUGAAGUCUCGGAGAAUCGAAAGAUAUUUGCGUCGGGGACGGGCGAUUUCGUGGCAAACACCGAGGGACUGGUGAAAGGAGACCGUCCGCUUCGGGUGACGGCGCUAGCUGAAGCCUGCAUCCACGGCCACGGCAACGUAAUCGACGUUUUUCUCGAGCAUGGCGUCCGGGACAACGAAGGCCUGGCUUGCCGACUCCUUCUAACCCUCGGUCACUACAACCUCUGCCAGAAGGUGUUGUCUCGCCACUGCAAGGUGAGUAGCGAACUCAAGGGAAGCAUGGAUCUCGGUGAUCCGUCAGAGUUGUGGAAACUCCACUUGCUCUGGGGCGAGAAGAAGUUCCCCUUCUUGAGAGGGGAAUGGUUCGAGAAAGACAGCGCUGUGUUCACCCCGGCCAUCCAAAAGGUAGAGUAUGACGACGGGAAAAAACGUGCGCAGAGUCAGAGGCGCAAACACAGAGGAGUUUCCAUGGCUGUCCCCCUACCCCGUACCAUCGAUCACACCUUCAUCAAAAGCAUCACGCUAAAGGGAAACCGCCUCGAGGAAGUACCACUGCAGCUUUUCAAGCUACCAAACGUCACGUUCAUAGAUCUUUCUCAAAAUCAGCUCACCUCCCUACCACUUUCCGAAAGUGUCUGUGGGUGGGAGUGCACCAAACUCCAAGACAUCAAGUUGUCGUAUAACAAGCUCACCCAGCUUCCUCUCAGCCUGUGGGUCUUGCAAGAACUGAAAAGCAUUCAAGCAGAACACAACGAGCUGGAGAGGCUGACUGGAGUAAACGUGCCUACCAUUUACCUCACAACGAGCUUAGAGAGGGUAGACCUCUCCUACAAUCAUUUGACUGAGGUCGACCCGUUUUUCGUCGAGAUCCAAUCGCUCGAGAUCAUCUGCCUCUGUCACAAUCGACUACCGAUGCUCCCACUCAAAAUCUGGGACAUUCGAAGUCUGGUUGACCUAAAAGCCAGCAACAACCAUCUAACCCACCUGACCCCUCCACAGGAAGAAGAUGCUGAGGAAACAGACACAUACAGAGAUGGAAAUCAUCCAAACGAGCCUGAAAUAACCCCAGUAAUGACCGGUGCGAUGCGUAUCACUACAGCCAGGGCGCACGUCCGUCCGCAAAUAAGCCGUGUUUCGUCUCUCCACCCUCAAAAGUCAAUUGACGUGGACGCCCACUUGUCCAUGACGCCACUGGAUCACGCCGACGGACCUACAGCUCCCGUUACCAACGACGUCUCGAAAUUACGCAAGUUGGACCUCUCCAGUAACCGGUUUCACGAGUUUCCGUGUGAGCUCCCCUGCGUGGCCCCCAGCCUCGAGGAGCUGAACAUAUCUCAAAAUCACGGGAUUACCCACGUCGAGCUCCACUUUCUCCCGCAUUCCCUGAGAAAAUUAAACGCCAGAAACUGCUGCAUCGAGUGGUUUGGAAACAUCCUGAAUAAAGAACAAUUGACGUUGAUCAAGAAGUCCUGUAUGCGCAAGGAACUGCGCAUGACGGCAUGCGAGCAUCGAAAUCAUGAUAGACUACCAAACUUAACUUCCCUCAACGUGAGGGUGAACCGAUUGUCACAGUUUCAGGUUUUAGCACACACCCUUCCGACCAAGGGAGCCCCAAAUUUCGGAGCAGAGGAGAAAACAUACGUGGAAGAAGACUUCGUACUUCUCUAUCCGUCGCUAGAAAACCUGGACCUCUCGUUGAAUCACCUCCAGGGGAAGUUCAACCCUAACGUGGCACACUUGGGCAAGAUCAAGUCCAUCCAGCUGAGGGGCAACGAGCACCUGCAGGAGAUACCUUACGAGCUGGGUCACCUCAAGAGGUUGAGGGAUUUCACGGAGCUGGACUUGAGAGACCUGCCCGAGUUGGUGCAGCCUCCCAAGGAGGUCCUUAAGGACAGCAUGUGCCAGCAGAUUCUUACUUACCUUGCAGCGGGAUUCAGGGAGUCGGAUACAUACAGGACUAUCAAGCUAUUCCUGGUGGGAAAGACUGAUGGCGGAAAGAGCACGCUGCUACGGAGGCUCAGCAGCCAGAGCGACAAGAUCCCCGGGAAGACGGUUGGCAUCAACAUUCGCAAGUUCAGUUAUCCAAAACACAGGGGAAAGAUGGAGCCAGUACAGUUCAUAGUGUGGGACUUUGCCGGAGAGGAUCAGUACCAUGCAACUCACCACUGCUUUUACUCCCAACGCUCCCUCUACGUCGCCGUCUACAACAUGAAGCACGAGAAGAAAGGACUGGAUGAGCUGGACCCUUGGCUAAGGAAUAUUAAGCUGAGGGCGCAGGGCUGUCCAGUUGUGAUAGUUGGAACACACAUGGACCAAUUGAAGAGCAAGUGUGUCAUGGAAUUGGAAGAAACAGCGAGGGAGAAAUUCACGAAGAUUCCACCAAACCCGGCCUAUCCCCACGUAGUGGAGGUGGUAAGUGUCAGUUGUGUGAAGCGAGCGCUGAAAGACGACAACAUCGACAGGCUCAAGAGGAUACUCUACGACAUUUCAACACACCUCCACGUGACAAGAGACGGCCACACGUUGAAGUAUGAUCCAAACAUGAAAGAGGACAACCACAGAGCGCUGUUCAUGCAGCAAGUCCCUAAAAGCUUCCUGACUCUUCAGCAGAUGUGUCUGGAUCACGCCGAGCAGUGCAGGGACUUGGCGGAGCCUACCGACAACCACCAGCCACACCCACAGAACAGCGAGGGAGGAGGAGGAUCGGACAAUGGGACGGCGUUGGCAAACGGGACAGGACAGAUGGGCAGAGCGGAGAAAAAAGAUCCCGUAAUGAACGGGGAAGAAUUCAGGGAUAAGUUUGGUGGACUAUUCAAUAAUGACAGGGAGGAAUUGGAUGAAGCAGUGUCUUUUCUACACUUGCAAGGGACUCUGCUGCAUUUUGAUGACCACAAUCUCAAGGACCUCUACUUCCUUGAUCCUCAGUGGCUGGCCAAACUCAUGGCCCACGUCGUCCAUCUUCAGACCAUACACACUGAAACCAAGGCCAUUGACGGAGUGCUACCAGUUGAGGAGCUGUUUAAAGAUCUCCGUAUCUGUGACUCACUAAAGCCCAAGUGCAUUCAGCUCCUGGAAAAGUUUGAAAUUGCUCUCAGCAUCGGCUCCUCACAGGUGCUGAUCCCCUCACUAAUGCCGGUGAUGGGGCGCUACCCACGGACGGGCGAUGACUUGCGAGGCAUCAGACGAUUCUCAGACGAUUUUUACUUCACCGUUCUGAGGAGGUUCUGGUUGGUCGAUUUUGUGCACGAGGGAUUCUGGCCACGAUUGAUAUGCCGGAUUGCAAAUGAUCAGCAAAUAGUGCAGAUUCUAAAGAAGCUGAUUGGAACGGUUGACGACGACCCUGACAAAGAGAGUCUGCUGAACUGGACCCCCUGGAAGAAGGGCGUGGCCUUCUCCCACAGGGGGAGAACCCUACUCGUUGUCAAGGAAGAGGAAAACCAGGCACCGGAGUCUGACGACAGAUACGAAUGGCUCCCGGUGACAGAACGAAUCGAAAUCCACGUCUAUGCCCAGGACUGGUUCGAGGUCCAGAACGAGCUAUUUGGCAAGGGUCUCCCCGCACCCCUCCUUCAGAACACCUUCUCUCUACCGGGAAUUGCGACGCAGCUACUCAUGAAGAUAUCGCAGCAUAUCCUCUCGCUGGCCAAAGUCUUUCGGAGCUUGCUGGGCUCCAAGACGAUCUACAUCCCUUGCUGGAAGUGCUACGGGGACAUGGAGCCCGGGGCUGACUUGGGGAACACUAUGGAGAAGAAAGAGACGCAGAAUUUCUAUUUUCCACUGACUCGAAAUGGGAAGAAUAUCCCGGUGUAUGCGUUUAACCACGAGAGGUGUAUCAUCCUCGCAGCCGAGGGUCACGAUCUCCAGUGUCCCAUUCACGGACCCAUCAAAGUCGUCCAUACUGCCCCUGAUCUGAUAUUCUGGGACCUGGCCAGUCUCAGUGAGUAUGAACAGGACAUGUGCUCCGAGCUAAAGAUCACAAACAACGAGACCAUUGGCAGAGGAGGCUACGGGUUCGUCUGCGAGGGUCAACUCCUCAUGAAGGGUGGAGGGAGCAAGCCGGUGGCUAUGAAGGGGUUUCUGUCGUCAGAAUCAUCAGAUGACACACAGGACUGCUCCGUGGAGGAGCUACUGGAGAUCUCCAAAGAGCAGAAGAACCUCUACCACGCAUACAGGGAGAUCAGGCAGGAAGUGUCGUUCCUGGCACUACUGAACCACGAUAACCUCACGCGACUGGUCGGCGUUCGGACCUCCCCCUACAUGUGUCUGAUGCUGGAGCUCGCUCCCCAGGGCUCUCUGUCUAAGGCCCUCAAGGUCUACAAGAAGUAUGACGUGGUUCUGGAUCCUGUGACCUUGCAGCUAUCCAUUUCCCAGAUUGCUAAUGGUAUGGAGUACCUACACAUGAAGCAGAUAAUCCACAAGGACAUGAAGUCGGCCAAUGUCCUGGUCUGGAAGUUUCCGUCGGGCAAGCUCUCCAGAGAGAAGAGACUGGAGAAGGCAGACAACGUGAGACUCAAACUCACCGACUAUGGCAUCAGUCAGGUCUUCACCAAGCCAACGAUGAAGCUCACGGGGAAUCCGGAGGGUACGCCUGGAUUCAUGGCCCCCGAGCUGUUUGGUCCAGAGGGCGACGAGAUCUCCACGGAAAAAGUGGAUGUCUUUGCACUCGGGAUGGUAAUCUACGAGCUACUGUGUCUGCAAGCUCCGUUUGCCACUAUCGACGUCCCGAAACGGAACACACUUGUGAUGAAUGGCAAGCGACCCAAAAAAUCUUCGAAAGCAAUGUGGGCGCCGCUCAUGGCCCAAGACAUCAUGACAAGCUGCUGGUCGCAUGACCCGGAAAAGAGACCCAGCAUGAAAGAGGUUACGGAGUGGGUAGCCACGGAAGAGUUCAGACGACUUCGAGCCGAAAUCUCCAUCGAUCGAGUCGAGAGCGUCUCGUGUGCUUGCGUCUGCCGGAUCACCAUGGAAGACAAACAGGAAGACGAUGAGGUGAAACCCAUCACGAAUGGUAUCGGGCACGUGGAUGUGGAGAGCUCUAUCCGCAGUACUCUCCGGCACGAAGCUGGGGGAUUCGGGAGAUACUCUGACGUGGACCCCACCGAGUACACGAGACUCCAAAACGAAACUCCGUCAUUCAACACGGGGAGAAAUAUACUCCCGCCAGUUCGGCAGGGGCGAGGUACACUCGUGGCUGACGGGUCUGGAGAGAACUUUGACGUUAUUGACGGGAAGCAGAGAGAGAGGAGCAGCUAUCAGAGGCAGUUCAGUAACGAGGCGUACACGCAGGUGUGGGUGUGUGAUAAGAAGGACAGAGGCGGGCUUCUGGAGAUAUUCUCCUACUGCGAUACACAGCCUUCCUACCUGGCAUUUGUGUGCAAAUACAGUGACCAGAUCACCGCCAUCUGUCCUGUGCGCGACAUGAUGUGGAUCGGAACGACCAACGGGAUCCUCAAACUCAAAAACACGUCCACACUCAACACAAAGUUCAAAGGGGAACUAAAGUCUGAGGCAGAGCAGCCACUAUCUCCACGAAACACACACGUUCUGUCCAUCGCCCACGUGGAACAGACAUCGAGCGUGAUAGUCUCAACAAAUGUCGGCGAAAUCUGGGUUUUUAGUGACAAACUGACAGACAGUGGGCUGGUGAUUGAGGAGCAUGCGAUACUCAAGGAUAGAGCCAACUGCUACCAGAUGGCAGUGGUUGAGGUAGAGGGUUCGGUGGAGGUGUGGGGGACUAUGGAUAACAGCCAGCUUAUCAUGCUCAAACAACAGGAAAGAGAGUGGAUGAUAGACAAGCCGUAUAAAGUAGACGUGAAGCCAGAGUGGCAGUUUUUCUGCAUCACUCACACAGAGUUUCAGGACAAUGGAGGGAGUUCUCACAACCACCUGUGGAUGUCCUAUAGGUCAAAGGGAACCGUCGUGUCCUGGGACCUUCAGAAGAGGCAGUACAGAAACACAGUUGACACUAAGUCCUUUGGAGAGUUUGAAUCUGGUGCAGGAGCCACGCACCCACAAGUGACCGCCCUUGCAGCGAGUGGCCAGAGGGUUCUAGUAGGAACAGAGGUGGGCACAGUGGGAGUCAUUGACUCGCACACCUGCCAGGUCCUCCACUGUCUCAAGUGGCACACCAGCAAAGUCAGAUCCCUCCUCCUCAUGCCGCCAGAAAUGGAGCCCUGCAUCUGCUCCGAGCUACCGCUCCCCGAAAUGCGCAGAGACGACUCAGUCAAGGGCACGAAACUACUGGCGACACGACCUGCUGUUCACCGACCAAGUAUUGGUGAGAAUGAUUUGACGUCUCUCUCCGAUGUCAACCCGAGUGUGACGGAAUCAAAGGUGGACGGGUGUAUGGUGGCCAGUAUUGGCAACAGUAGGGGCGAGGGAGUGACUGAGACUGAUCCCGACAAGAAACACGUCACUUUGCUACUGUGGAGAUGUUGACCAUAGAACACUAUUAUGGAGGCAUAGCCUUAUAAUAAUAUAGGUUAUAGCUAUGUUAUAUCGCAAUAAUUUUUUAAUUAUUCCAUGAGAUUUGAGAUGUGUAUAAUUAUUAUAAGCAUUCAUACGUAAAUCAAACUUUGCACAACAUAAGCAAAAGUUUU